AUACUAUUUUAUUCCCCUCUACAAAACAUCGUUAGCCAAUAGAACUAAACCAGAAAAAACAAUCAAAAAAAUAAAAAAAAUCAAAGCUUUCUCACUAUCCUUACCGCAAAAACAACUAUAUUAAAGGCUUCUCUCUCUGUCAUCCCUUGGAGCACCAACUUUUUUUCCUUGCCUUCUGGUUCUCCUCCUCCACUCUUCUUCCCUUUAUAUUGGUUCUCCGUCACGCCGCACUGUCCGCUUUCUGUUCGCCGGAAUUCCUCUUGGAAACCCGCGGGCAAGCUUUCAUGACAUCGCGCUUGGAGCACGACUAUAUUGGCCUCUCGGAGCUCUCCUCCAUGGAGAGCUCCGACAGGCUUUCCUCUUCGUCUUCCUCCCUCUCCGCUGAGGACGACCCCAAGCUCGGAGCCCGCCCGCCGGCGCUCAAUAUUAAAGAGACCGAGCUCCGCUUGGGUCUCCCGGGAUCUCAGUCCCCCGAGCGGGAGGACGGCCCCGGCCUGACACUUGGACUCCCCAAAAGCCUCGUCUCCGGCGCGAAGAGGGGGUUCUCGGACGCCAUUGACGGUUCCGGCAAGUGGAUGAUCUCCGGAGGGAGUGGAUCUGAGGUGGAGUUGGGGAAAGGCGGCAACUUGUUCUCGCCUCGGGGGGAGAACGGCGUCGGAAAGCAUUCGGGGCCGGCGGGCUCGGUGAAGGAUGUCAACGGGGCGGCGGCAGCAGCGGGUCAGGAAAAGAAGGCUCUGGCUUCGGGGGCUGGAGUCGCCCCUGCUGCGAAGGCACAGGUAGUGGGUUGGCCCCCAAUCCGUAGUUACCGAAAGAAUACAAUGGCUUCAAACCCAUCGAAGAAUAAAGAAGAUACUGAAGGAAAACCAGGGACAGGUUGCCUUUAUGUCAAGGUUAGCAUGGAUGGAGCCCCGUAUCUCAGAAAAGUUGACCUCAAAACAUAUUCCAACUAUAAGGAGUUUUCAUCGGCACUGGAGAAGAUGUUCAGCUGUUUUACCAUUGGCCAGUGCGGUUCACAUGGAAUACCCGGCAGAGAUGGACUAGGUGAGAGCCGGAUGAUGGAUCUUCUCCAAGGAUCUGAAUAUGUCCUUACAUAUGAAGACAAGGAUGGUGAUUGGAUGCUUGUUGGUGAUGUUCCAUGGAAUAUGUUCAUCGACACUUGUAGGAGGCUCAGGAUCAUGAAAGGCUCAGAAGCAAUUGGAAUUGGUACAUACAAAUCCCCUAGAGUCAUGGAAAAGUGCAAGAGUCGGAGCUAGCUGCGUUUUCAUCCUACAGCUAAAACAAGUGAAACAAUUGUCUGCAAGGCCCCUUCUGGAAAGAUGUAAGGGAUCAUCCAAAGUGCUCUCUUAUACCUUACAGCUUGUUACACAUCGUGUGAAACUUUUAUUUAACUUCCAAUGAUUUCCUAGGGACAUAAUGUUUAUUAGGUUGAGUCAGUCUCUUUAUCCCUUGCAAACUGUCCCUGUCAUUUUUAUACAUGUAGAUGAUUGCCUUGCUGUAACCAAUAUGGUUUGUCUUGCUGUAACUGCUAUGGUUUUGGGCACUGCUUCCUGUGUGCUAAUGACAACUGCAGAUUUCUUCUAAUUAAUUUUCAUAGAUAAAAUUAUUCAGAUGCAAAUCUAAA